AUGCAUACAAUUGAUAGAUUGUUUAAGGACCAUAGCUACUAUUUAAAUGCACUGAAAGUCUUGAAUUUAAUGGUGUUGGAGAGGCAGAAAGUCCGCAGAGACCUGAAGCAGAUAAAGAGUGACGGGGUCAGAGAAAAGAUAAAGGCUACGGUCAACCUGGCCAUCUCCCAAGUGGGCCCCCAGCUCGCUCAGUACGGGGAACCCCAGACCAUUAUUUCAGACCUCAUCCAGAAUUUGAGAUGCUGUUCCACCGUGACCAAAGCAAUCUCUAUAGGGAGCCAGUCGUCCGGAAGCGGAAGUGCGGGCCCUCUCCCCGCCGCCCCAGCCCAGCGUGUGUGUGAGGGUGCGGGACAAUCCGCCGCCAUCCGCGGCCGGGGCGGGCCGGGGGCGCCGGGGCGGGGCCCGAGGGGGCCGCGGGGGUUUCCGUCACGCCCUUCUCCUCCUUCUCACUGUCUGCUUUCUUCCCCGCAGGCCGCCGGACCCCCUCCGCCCGCCCGCCCCCCGCCGCCGCCAUCCGCCAUGCCCCGCAAAAUCGAAGAGAUCAAAGACUUCCUGCUCACAGCCCGGAGGAAGGAUGCAAAAUCCGUGAAGAUCAAGAAGAACAAGGACAAUGUGAAGUUCAAGGUUCGCUGCAGCCGGUACCUCUACACCCUGGUCAUCACCGACAAGGAGAAGGCCGAGAAGCUGAAGCAGUCCUUGCCUCCAGGUUUGGCUGUGAAGGAGCUCAAAUGAACCAGCGGUGCCGUGUUGGAACUACUAAAAUAAACUGAAAAAUCCUCAAA